GACGGCAAGGGCGAUACACCUCUGCACAAAGCCGUCUCACUGUGCCAGGUCGCAAUGGUCGAAGAGCUUCUGCGCGCUCGGGCCAAUGUGAACCGCACGAAUCGGCGAGAUGAGACCCCCCUGGAUGCCGCGAUCGUGGUCGCUGGCACUCACGCAGCACAGGUGGUGCGGAUACUGGUCCGGGGCGGAGGCGACAAGGAUCGAAUGAAUGGUUCUGGCGACACCCCGCUGAUCGCAGCGAUCCGCCACAAGUCCAUCGCACCCCUGUGCGCGCUUAUCGAUUGCAGUGCCGACAUGGAAAAAACUGAUCGGGACGGCGCGACGCCUCUUUACGCAGCAGCCUGGGUGGGCUUCUCUGGUGCUUUGACACUCCUGGCCGGUUCGGUCGAGGUAGACAAGGUCAAUGACUGCGGAGACACAGCCCUCCACGCUGCUGCCUGGCAGGGGCAUGUCGAUGCGGUGGAACAGCUUGUGGUGGCUCGUGCCAUCACCAGCAAGGCCAACGCCGACGGAGACGCGCCACUGCAUCUUGCAGCGCAGCGUGGCCAUGUGAAGGUAGUGCACUUCCUCAUCGAUCAGCAGGCGGACUUGGCCAAGCGCAACCUCGAGGGUGCCACUGCCUUGGAUUUGGCUGCUGCAAAUGGUCAUACCCUCACGGUGAAGCUGUUGGAGGAGGCAUGCGGCCCAAGACGACAGCGCCGGGUUCCGACAACCUCUGCGCAGAAACGCAAGGGACGGCUCGUCAGAAGCCCUAAGCCCUAA